GGCCCGGGUCUGGGUGAGGUGGCUUAAUAUACCCGGACGCCGGGCUAUGAGGAAGUAGUACCAAGCUGUACCACAGCAGUCAGUGGGCACUGCUUAGGCACCGCUCGACCGAAGGAGUCCAGCAUGUUUUAGGUCAGAACACUCCCACUUGAUCAUAACCAAACCGCAACACAGACGAGAGAGCACAGCUCCCGUGUCGACAUAUGAAAGAUUGCAUCUGCUCCAAGAUGAGAGAGGACCACAAUAAUAAGACUGAUCCAAAGAUGACCCACAAAUGCGACUCCUCUUGCCUCGGCCCCCUGACCUUCCAUCCCAGGGUCCUGGGAGACAUGAUCUGCCUGAGCGAGGGCGGUCGACGUGCCGAGAGGAUUAAAGACACUUUCAAAGGUGGUGUUGUUUUCACAAGACGCUGUGUGAGGAUCAGCGAGAGGAUCCGGGUGCUGGUGGAGAGGCAGGUGCCACAUUGGCAAGGAGCCAUGCGCGUGGGCUUCACCAACGUUCGCCCAUCGACCAGAUCUUUGCCUCUGCCCCCGAUUUCUAUGCCCAACCUCACCGAAACCUCGGGUUACUGGGCCACCCCUGUGCUCGAGUCCUACUGUCAGGAAGGUUCUGCGCUGGAAUUCUGGGUCACAGCUGACGGCGACAUAUGUCUGAAAUUUCAAAACUCCAGGAAGCAAAGGAUAGAAGCGAAAGUGGAUGUCAGAAAGCCUCUCUGGGCCAUGAUUGAUGUCUACGGCCAGACUUGCUCCGUCUUCCUUCUAGGCUCAAAGACAAAGGGUCUUCUUUCCAAGAAAAGAUCUUGCCCUUUACCUAAGCCUCCCAUCAGACGGCCCUCCACUUUCAGUCUUGAAAAUACGACGCCGAGUGAAAACUCUGAUGACUGCGUCUCCUGCCUGAACAUGGAAAUCCCAGCCGAUGACCUCUGCGUGGUGUGCAUGGUGCGGCAGAAGGACAUCACGCUGCCCUGUGGCCACCGCUGCCUCUGCAGUCACUGCACCCCCAAAAUCCUGGUGCAGUUCGGUACCUGUCCGCUGUGUCGACUGGAGAUCAGCUCUCCUACAGUGACGUAGAAGUGACCCUUUGGAGCUGGCUGAUCGCCAAACCUGCUGCAGGAAGCAUCAAAUGCAAACUAGUGACAGACUGUAACACUAGAGACAGCGAACACUGAAUGUGUCCUGGUACAGAAGCCAGUAAUCGGGGAUUUCUGAAGGAAAAAAAAAUCCCCUGAGUGAAGUAAAGCCAGGAUUUUAAAAAUGAAUAAACCUGAAUCUAGUACAGGAGUAAAGGUUCUGAGAUGCUACUAGUGUGUUUAUCGUUGCUAAUGAUUGCUUUUUAAAAAAGACAAAAUCGUUUUAUUUUUCUAAAGCACUUUUUUUGUUGUUAUUUGUAAAGUCUUAUUUGGACUCAGGAUGUUAUUUAAAUGGUAAAUAUAAUACUUUGUAAGUAUUUUUCAGGGAUAAAAUGUAUAUAAUUCAGAAUGAUUUUUUUGUAUUGUUGUUAUUAUUGCAAACUGUGGACAUAAAAAUAAA